AUGGCUUCAACGUGGUUCACAAAUAUUGAAGCACUUUCCUACUCUGUUGUAGAGUUUAUCCCAUACGUUGGCACCGUCUACUCGUUCAAACGAGCUCAGCUUGCAUAUCAGGAGCGUGACUGGCCUCGACACUGGCAAAGCGUAGCCAAUUUCCUUGAGAGUGCUAUUCGGGACGUCAUACUCUUCGCUGGGGUUGAAGAAGUGGCUGGCGUCGUAAUUUUACAUACGAUUGCAGAGUCGUUCACUGAUAAAUUGGUUGAGCUCUACUAUGAACAUAAUAAGGACGAGGCGGAUAGAGUGCGUCAGCCUCGGAUCGAAAUUCCACAGCCACAGGCCUUAGACCCAUCCAAUGAACUGGUCGUGGUGGCAGGCCGCACGAAAGGUGCGCAUGGAGAGAAGGUCUUCCAUGGCAAAGCCAAGGGUGUUCAUCGCUUCCACGGUGCACGAUUUGCUGGUACUAUCAAGCAUUCAAAGUACGCCCCAAGUGGCGAAUAUAUUCAGCUUCAUAUACCCCAGGGGCUAUUUGACGGUGCACGCGUUACCUUUAUGUGGAAGUGGACAAAGGACGAGUGGGGCACGGAGAACAGACCAGAGGUUAUAGUUGGGACGAUAAGCCUAUAUAUUGGAGAUGAUAAACUCACCUGGUUUAAAUUCACUAAACGGCAGGGUGCUGGAUGGCGGCCUGGGGAAGGCUCGGACUUCAAUUGCAAAGUGGCUUCACUCAAUCUGAUCAUAGCCUCCACUACGGUUGGGGAUGAGUCUUUGAAGAUUGACCUAGAAAGAAUCUAA